AUGCCCUUUUCGAUCACCCUCUCGGAAAUUCUCUAUGAAGAAUACGGAUUCUGGUGGAUGGGGUUUCAGGCGUGUAGUUUAUACAUCUACACCGAUUACGUGAUGGUCGGUGUGUCGAUGCACAGCCAUGUUCUCAUCACUAUCAACCGCAUCUGGGCACUGGUCUUCCCGGUGUCGUACAAACAUCAUCACAAUUUCAAAACAGCGUGGUUGGUUUGUUUGGCAAUGGUGGUUUAUGUCCAUGUCUUCUGUUUACCCGGAUUUUUGAUGGAUUUGAUGUAUUACCGUGUGGAUAGUGAUGAGUCCUGUGGAUUGGAUAUCGAUUUAUUGCAAGAAUGGUCGAUACUGGUGCAGAUUGUGAUUUAUGAUUUUCCGAUCAUCUUUAUCGUGGCGUCGUACCCGUUCUUAUUGAGAAAGCAGCUACGCCGUGGAAAGACGGUUUCGGCGAUGACCGGUACGUUGGACCGCAGCGGCAGUGUGAAAUUCCGCAAGCGGAAGGAGCAGACGAAGCCGUUUGUGCUGUUAACGCUGCUGACGGUUGGGAUACUAAUCUGCUGGACGCCGACCAUGAUCUUCUACACGAUGGCCUCGUUCAUGUCGGUCGGAUGA